AAACGUCAGCCUUCCCGCUCCUCUGAUGCGGCUGGGCCUGAUGUGUUCAACCAGCUCUACACCCUUUAUUUUGUCCCACGUGCCUGUGCGCCGCUGCCGACGGUCCUUCUGUGUCGUCACUGCGCCGUGCGUGCGCGCUCUGGCAGGACAGAGGGAGCGCGCGGCGGUUACGCUAUCAGGAAAGCGGGAGCGCGGAGCUGGGAACAGGAGCUUUACAAAUGACCCAAAUCUAGAGCUUGUGGGGAAGCCACCCAUUGUCUGCCCAGUAAUGGGUCAACAUAUUUCAAACCAAACUCCAGCAGUCUUUAACAAAUUGCCGGAUCGGAUGAUGAAACAUGCUGCCCUGGUGAGAGAAAGUGGCUUCCUGACUUAUGAGGAGUUUCUCGCCAGAGUGGCAGAGCUUAAUGAGAUCACUGAAAGACUGACAGCUGGGCAAGAGAAAUGCUUAUUGUUCGAAGUACAACCUGGAUCUGAUUCCUCUGCCCUUUGGAAAGUCAUCGUUAGGAUUGUUAGCUCAAAGAUUAACAAGACUACGGGAAAUAUUGAUGCCUCUAGAAUUCUUAAUCUCUACCAGUUCACUCAGCUAUAUCGAGAGAUCACCAUGCAGGCAAGUGGGGUUCUUACCCAAAGCAGCAUCUGUGAAGGGACAGCUGCAAAUGGAUCAUCCUGUCAGGCCAGUCUCUGGCUAGGAAAGAUUAAAGAGAUGACUGACGAAGAAGAAUGUUGUAUCUGUAUGGAUGGUCGAGCUGACCUCAUUCUGCCCUGCACCCAUAGUUUCUGUCAGAAAUGCAUUGAUAAGUGGAGCGACCACAACAGGAAUUGUCCUAUUUGUCGGUUACAAGUGAAGGAAGCUGGCGAUUCUUGGGUUGUGUCUGAUGCACCUACUGAAGAAGACAUAGCAAAUUAUAUUCUCAAAGUGGCAGACGAGGCUGGACAGCCCCAUAAACCCUAAGAAUUACCAAGGGUGUUAUACCUUCAGACUGCAGCAGACAGUUUAAAUCUGGCCUUUUACAAAAUAAACACUUUUUAAAACAUAUUUUAAGAUCAAUGAGGCCACUGUACAUUGGAUUACUUUGAUUUUGUCCUUGCUGAUCGAUCAUGAAUUGAAGCAGACUGAAGCCCAAUUGAAAUUCUUAUUUGUGUUCUUACCCGUGCACAAAUUGAUGCCCUGUCAAGUUUGCAUUAUGUUCUUGCCUACAAUAUACUCCAUAGCUAUUACAGCAUUAUGCUCUAAGUGCAAACACUGAGUGACUGCUUGUGAGACUUCGUGUGAAUUGAAAAACAGUGUUUGCCUUUUAAAGCAGAACUUAUAACCCAGUAUCUGUGCCUGAGCUGCAUUGUUCGCCACAUUGGAAUUUUGGUUAUCUAACCCAGAGAGGUUUAGGGAUAUUAUUUCUUAAUUGUACUUUAUUGAUUUGUUGGUGAGACUUAAAACACUUGCUUUAUGCACAUAAUAGCUUGAAAAAAAUGUGAUCAUCGUAGAAGGUAAGCUGGUGAUUAAAUUGUGCCUUUUGGUAGGAUGCUGCUAGAUUUUCAUUGUAGAUUGUCAAAUAAAUUUGUAUUUUGCAAAUAGUAAUCAAUGAAGAGUGAGAACACAGCUUUAAUGAGAUUGACAGAGGAUAAACUAUAACUUGUAAAAUAUAGCCUAUUUAAGUUUGGAAUUUGAGGACACUUCAAGGUCACGUUCUGUAAAACUUGAAACCAGCUUGUAUUUGCAAUGAGAAAAGCUACUAAAAAUAAUUAUUCAACAUGUAUUAAAUUUCACUUUGCUACAAAAGAAUGUCUCUCCCCUUUAAGCUUAUGCAUGUGGGCAACUAUUAAAUGAAAACAAAAACACAAAUGUUCAAACAGUUUUAAAUAAUCUGCUAGAUCAGCCCAAAUGAUUGAACACAUCUGUAUUUGCAUUCAUUUUUGCUGUCUCCCCAUCCCUCCAUAAUCAGUUAAUCCAUUUAAAAGAUUCCUUCUUUAUGUUAGGAGUUCCUCUUUAUUCCCCCAUUGCAAAAAAACUUCCUUUCAUUUUUAAGAGAAAGGGAAUAUUUCAAUUCUCAUAACUAGGCUGAGAGCAGAAUAUCAAACCCAUAUUUAUUGAGAUCUCCAUGAAUAUGACUCAUUUUCUGUAUUGAGCAAAAUGAAAUAGUAAACACUGUUGGAGUGAGUUCCUGUGUUACUAAGCUGGUGUAAAUGUGAAAUAUCAAGAUGUUUUGCUGUGCCUAUAUGAUUUAUUAUUAUCAUCACUGUUUUUAGCUCCUUAUUUAUGUAAUGUUGAUGGCAUUUUGAUUCCAGUAAAUCAGUGCAACUCCUCACUUCAUGAUUCCACUAUAAAAAGUACAGUUUAAAAUUAUACUGCCAAUGGAUUGUAGCAAUUAAACACAAAGAGUGAUACGCUUCAAUUUUUGCAUGCCUGAAAGGGGUUUUUCAUUCAUUUGGAGUUUUGUCAAUCAGUGUGUCUCCUUAUUUGUGCAGUCUUCUCAUUCUCAAUGAUUCAUUUAGAAAUAUCUUCAAUUGGAAAUAGAACUGGAACUUAAAUUCAUGAAAAUUUUUAUGACCUUAACAAGACUCCAUGUUAAGCAGAUGGAAUUUGAAGGUGGUGAUAGUAGCCUGUAUUAAUAAUACUGUAAUUUUACACAGGUGAGGUUUAUGACUAUUAAGUAUUAAGCAAUUGCUUUUGAUUAUCUCAGCUGUUUGUCAAUGAGUAGAAGUGCAAUAAUUUCCCUUGUUUUGCAGGAAGAAAUCAUAACAGUUCCGUGUAGGAAAGCACUGAAAAGGUCUUGAUUUCAUUGGUGAUUUUUUUUCCAAUUAGCAUUAAUUGUUCAAUUUAAUGUAAUAAAGCAUUCGUUUAUUAACAUAAUUAUUACCUGUUUCUGAAGUAAUGUUCAGUUUAUCGUUCUACUGAUCUUAGCAAACGAUGACACUGUGUUGGUACAAAUGAGUAAACCCAAGACUUGCACCUUAUGAAUAAUUCCUGAACCAGGACUGUUGUGUUUAUGUCUGUUUAGCUGUGAUUGUUGAUGGUGGGCAAGGGAAAAAGACUUGCCACUGUAGGGUUAUAAUUAAUAAAAAACCUAUUCUCACCAUUAA